AUGAUAUUAAUAUUUCGAUUCUUUACAAAGAUUUCUACGUGCCAUGGUGCCAAGAAAAAAAAAAUAGAACAUGUAAAAGAAGAUACGUACAGACGCAUACUUUGCUCAAAGUUUAAUAUAGGAUUUAAAUUACCCAAAGUUGAUACUUGUGCCACUUGUGACGAGCUUAAUAAUCUAAUUCAAGCCAAUAAGGAAAAUCAAGCUGUUUGGAAAGACUUAAAAAUCAAACUUGAACCUAACCAAAGAAGAGCAGCUGCCAUGCAAGAUGAUUUAAAACUAGAAACUAAAGAUGCUAAACUAAACCAUAACAAACUAGUAAUUUCUUUUGAUUUGCAACAAACUUUACCCACUCCUCUGCUUACGGUUGGACAAGCAUUUUAUUUACGUAAGGCAUGGACUUAUAACCUUGGUGUGCACAACUGUAGUGAUGGAUAG